UAGACACUUAGCUGAGCUUUAUAUAGUUUGUGGUUAAAGCUCAAUGCUAACUUCAAGAUGAAGAAUUUUUAAACGUAAACUUCAGUGUGAUAAACAUUUCUGCUUAACCACAUGGUUGCACCGGAUUAAAUGUUUUACGGAGUUUAAACUUUUAUGUCAUUUAUAAUCUACAUUUGUUAAAAAUGAAUCAUCAAAAUCAAUUUGAUAUUUACGUUGGUGGUAAUACUGGCGUUUUUAAAGGUGUAAAAGUACAUAAAAAUAAUUAUGUGAUAGAAAAUAUACAAAACUUGGUAUCUAUAACAGAUAAUGAUGAGAUCACAACAAUGUCAUGGGGUAAUGAUGAGGAGAAAGAAAUUUUGAUCGCGUGUGGAAUGAAACAGAUUAGGAGUAUAAAAGUUUAUGAUAUAGAGUGUGCAUCGUUUACAUGUUCCUUUCUUUGCAAUAUUGGAUCAGGAAAAAUAAAUGGUAUAUCAAGAUACGAUGAAGCAAUCUUAACUGCAAUUCAAUCUGGAGAAGUAAAGCUCUGGCGUUUUGAAGAAGAAAAUGGAAUUUUAAUAAAUGCUGGUGAAAAUUUAGACAGAAUGCGUCAUUGUAAAGCAAGAAAAAAUAUAAUUGCUACUGGAGGCAAGGAACAUCCAUUAAAACUAUUCGAUUUAGAAAAACAGGAGAAAGUGUUUGUUGCAAAAAAUGUACCUAAUGAUUGGUUGGAAAUGAGGGUGCCGAUUUGGAUUUCUGAUAUUGAUUUCCUUCCUAAUACAGAACAAAUUGUUUCUGUUGGCCGAUAUGGACAUAUACAAUUACAUGACCAAAAAGCACAGAGGAGGCCUGUUAUAAAUUUAGAAGUUAAAGAUGAACCAUGGACAACUUUAGCUGUUACACCAAGAGAGAAGCAAAUUAUAGUAGGAUCUGGUAAAGGUAGAAUGAACCUCAUAGAUUUGAGAAAACCAGCAAAAGUACUGAAUACGUAUAAAGGAUUUGUUGGUGGAGUGACUGGUAUAUCUUGCAGUACAAGUGAACCUUACAUUGUUAGUGUUAGCUUAGACAGAUUCUUACGAAUUCAUCACAUAAAUACAAAGAAAUUAAUAAAAAAGAUUUAUUUAACAUCAAGGAUGUCAUGCAUGUUGUUGCAUGCAGGUUUUUCCUUGUCUGCCGAAAAUGAAGAGAACGGAAAUUGUGUACAAUCAUAUACUGCUAAUAAUAACAAAAGUAACGUUGCUAAUGGAGAAAGUAAGCAAACAGUUUUGGACAGUGAUUCCGAAUACGACAUGAUAUUCGAAAAUAUGCAAGUGAUCAAUAAUGAAGCGGAUAAAAAAUCAAUUAAAAGGAAACAAAAGGUUUCUUCAGUCAAAAAAACGGUGCGUUGCAAGUCUGCUUCGAGAAAACAGGACAAACCGGAGCAAACACCUAAGAAAAUAAAAUCCACCGUCUUAUAGUCGUAUAAAUAAAGUGCAAAAAAUAAAUAAUAGUUUUAUAUUUUUACAAUAUAAAUGUUUCAAAAUUCGAAUAAAUAUGUAAUUGAAUGUAGAAAGACAAACAAGGAUAAAAAUGGGAAGACAUACAGAAAUCAAUAGAAAUGUAAAAAUAA